CACUUCAGAGACCUACCAGGCGCCUUGAACAGCUUCCUCACUUGUUGGCUCAUCGUAAUGCUUUGUAUGUCCAGGGAAGGCUCAUCGAUCGUAUGGCAUGUCACCAAAGAAAGAGCACGAGGUCUCCAAGAUGUCAGAAUAUAUCGACCGACUUUUAUGCCCAGGUUUUUCGGAUACACUACAUCAUGUUGUUGAUGUGGGUUCAGGACAAGGAUAUUUGUCUCGUGCGCUUCAAAAUUUGGGUCUCCAUGUGUUAGCUCUUGAUUCCAAUGAGAUCCAGACCUCUGGGGCUGAACGCUGGAAAGCAAAAGAAGCGGCAAGAAGGCAGAAGCAGCUUAAAAGGGGAAAGGACGCCCAGAGCGUGUCCGACUCACACCAUCACUUCGACGAUCCCCUUUUCCAACCACACGUGGCAACCUCUGUGCCUUCGGCUUCCAUUGCCAGCAAAAACAUAAUACACAACCAUGUGGGUUCUCUUACCCACCAGACUAUCUGCAUCGAUCCCCGUACACUUGAAUCGUCAAUUCAUGAUUGGCUUUUCUCCGGUGAAGACAACCAAAUCACUGGUUGCACUAGUAUGAUCGGAGAUUUACUUGUCGAUAGGAUUGAGCGAUGUGCACCUGAGGAGAAGCCGGUCCCUGUGAUGAUGGUUGCCCUUCACGCCUGCGGAUCGCUCACGCCUGAUGUCUUUCGCGCGUUUUUGUCUAAUCACCGUAGACCCUCAGCCCCCGGUGUUCGCACUUGGACGGCGCAGGCACUCGUCGUAGUAGGAUGCUGUUACAACUUGAUGACGCCUGAGGAUUUUCCGUUGUCACGGUCGCUCCGUGAGCGAACCCCAGUAGUAACACUUUCCCUUGCCUCUCGCCACCUGGCUGCGCAGAUACCAUCCCAAUGGCUCCGCAAUGAAACAUCUGCCCGGGAAACAUCUCUGGCAAUACGCAAGGUCGUUUUUCGAGCCCUCCUUCAACCCGUCCUUGAAGUAAUAGGUGCACGAGAAGCCUCCGCGAAUCACACUGCAACCUCUUCAUAUCAUGUCGAAGAUCUCCGCGGCGCAGGUCAGACACCAGAAAAUAGGCGGUUGGGAAAGCUCCCUGAUGCUGCGUACAAAGACUGGGAAACAUUCCUGGAUCGUGCGAUUUCGAAAACUGGCGUCCGACUCGAUCAGAUCGCAACACAGCUUCCCGUUUAUAUUCAUAACAAGCAUAGACGAAGGCAGCUGGAAAGUGCUUUAUCAGUAUUGCACGUGUUAAGGUGUAUCAUGGGACCUCUGAUAGAAUCCCUCAUCCUCCUUGAUAGGCAUGAAUGGAUUCGGGAAGAGUUGGGUCAAAAUAGUAAAGCACAGGCAAUGGACGUUGGCCUGGUAAACCUGUUUGACCAGGCAACGGGAAGUGGAAGGAACGUAGCUAUUGUUAUCAAGCCUCGUGAAUGGCCCAAUAUGAUUUAACAUUGCUUGAGCCAGUCAGGAGACAUCCUCAGUCUUUUCUGUACAUCACAGUUGAACGUAUGUUAUGGAUUGACUCAAUUGACAAGGGGGCCCUGAAAUGGCCAUGAAAAGAUGUCCUUUCCGAUCUUCACUACAAUAGUAUCCACUUCGAACCCUCCGAUGUGGGCGCACGAGACUCUAGCACCAAAUC